AUGCUAUUUCAAGAUGGUAGGAAUAAUAAUAAUAAUCAGACGCUGAUUGCCGAUAAAAACAAUGAAUAUCAGACUUAUCAAGAUUUUCAACAGUCACCUGAACAAGCACAAGCUAGUGCUGAAGAAGAAGUCGUCAUGAUUCCACUGGAAGAUGUCAUGCACAUCAGCUACAAGUGCCAUUUCGAAAAACAGAUCGGUGGUGAAGCUCACGCAGACAUUGAUGAUCAAUACUUUAUCAGCGAGAACUGCUGUGAUCGUUGUUGUAAGAAUAGCAAUCAAGUGACUGCGUUCACAUCCAACACAAUACAUACACCUGAUAUUCCUGCAAAUCGAACGGUAAAGUACUUAACAGAAGAGCUACCUAUCCCUGAAUCAAAAGAAAAUUGUCGUACUCGUUUUUGUGACACAGUGUGUUAUGAUUGUCGUUGUUGGUGUUGUCGAAAGAGAAAACUGAUCCGGCGGAUUAAACGAACACUUAGAGCAGCUGAUGGGUAUGCCGAACGUAUGAUCACGAUGACAAUUGUAUACAAUAAAUACAGCAAUCCAGAUUUAGCUUCUCACACACGUCUAAUCACUGAUGAACAUCAAGCUAUGUAUUAUACGGAGAAUGUCGAACCGAAAAUCGAAUUGAAAUUCAACUUACUCAACGACAGAGAUAUUGAUCCGACACGCUUCGAUAUGACAAAAAGAUAUGCAGAAACUCUAUGUCGAGUCGUCACACAAUUGAAAGGAGUGAGAAAUAAUUACCCAUCAGACUAUGAAUUACAAAUGAUGCUUCACCAAGCCCAGUUAGGAACAUUUGGUGAAGUAUACAAUGAACCAACCUUGCAGCUGUCCUCGGGAAUGACGCUGCCUGGAACAAGUGAUCCUCAACAUCAACAGCUCCGUUACUUACGUCCCAAUCAACGUCCGUAUUUUUCACCUCGAGGUGCACCUGCUUACCGUGGAUUUUCACCACAUUCGUUGAUUCUCUCACCUUCGCCUCGACCAGUUUUUCGAACACCUGCACCAUGCCGACCACUCAUGCUUAUGUAUCGACAGCCAUAG